UACUCAGGAGUUUACGAUAUGAAACGACUGACAAACUACAUUCUAUCAAAACUUUCAAAAUACCCCUUCAAAAAGUAUCCUUCAAACACUCUGCUCGUUUGUGACGACUUCGCUGGAAAAGGUUUAGUGUCAAAGCCUGACUCACCAUUAGCUAACGUCAUUACUAAAGUCAGACAUUACCACUUAACUGUAGCAAUACUUAUGCAAACAUAG